AUUUUUUUCGCGAUAAUGAUUGCACUGUUCAAAAAUUCUAUAAAAAGCACGUUGCUUAUUCUACCAAGCGCUAGUUGUAAUCUCCGUUCAUUCAGCACGCACACCGUGAUCAUCGUAAUGUUGGAUUUCUACUAUCUUCCCGGGUCAGCUCCAUGCCGGGCGGUUCAAAUGGUGGCACAAGCGGUAGAUGUGAAGUUAAACCUGCAAUACCUCGACCUGAUGGCAGGUGCUCAUCGGUCCGCCAAGUUUACCAAGCUUAAUCCACAGCAGACGAUACCGACGCUUGUCGAUGGUUCUCUGGUAUUGAGCGAAUCUCGUGCAGCCCUGAUGUAUCUUUGCGAUCGCUACGCUAAAGAUGGGAACGAUUGGUACCCGCGGGACAUCAUUCAGCGCACCGCUAUCAACCAACGACUGUUCUUCGAUGCCUGUGUAUUAUAUCCACGAUUUACGGACUAUUACCACCCACAAGUGUUUGGAAAUGCUACUCCGGACGCCAGGAAACGUGUAGCCUUUGAACGAUCAGUGGAGCUUCUGAACCGCUUUCUGAUGGAACAUGAGUUCGUGGCUGGUUCAAAGAUGACCAUCGCUGAUAUAAGUAUUUUUGCUACGUUGACUACCGCCUGUGUGUUGGGGUUCGAUCUAAAACCGUAUGCUAAUGUUGAUAAAUGGUACAUCACUAUGAUCAGCUCAUGUCCAGGAGCACAGAUAAAUAUAGCGGGAGCCAAGGAAUUUUUAAAGUACAAAUAAAAUGAUAGAAAAUACGAGUUAAUGAUUUAAAAAGUUAAU